CCUAAUAGGCCUAGUGCAUUUUCCUCUUCUUGGUAUAACUUCUUUUUCAUUAAUGGGGAAUUGCCAAGCCAUUGAUAAAGCAACACUAGUGAUACAACACCAAAGUGGGAAAAUAGAAAGGUUUUAUUCUUCUGUUAGUGCCACUCAUGUUAUGAAAACAAACCCUGGUCAUUAUGUUGCCCUUGUUGUCUCCACCACCUUGUGUGCAACAACAACAACAACCAAGGUCACUGACAAGAGUAGCAACAACAACAACAAAAAUGUUCACAAUAAUAAUAACAACCAAAUUCGUGUAACUUGCAUCAAGCUUCUCAAGCCCACAGAUAUGCUCCUUCUUGGCAAUGUUUAUAGGCUUGUUACUACUCAAGAGGUUAUGAAGGGGCUAAGAGAAAGGAAGCACACAAAGAAGAAAAACAAGUCUGAAUCAGCCCAGAAAUUAGGUUGUGUUAGGAAAAAGAAUAGGUUGGAAAUGGAGAAAGCAGCAAGAAUGUUUGACCCGGAAGACAUUCAGGGUACAGAACCUAAAAUACAUGGACCCAGGACAACAAUCUCAAGUAAUAAUAAUAAUGGUGGUGGUGCCAGUGCCACAGCUAAGACAAGAUUUUGGCAACCCUCUUUACAAAGUAUUUCAGAAGUUGCCAGCUGAUAUGUGCCUUUCAUUUUGCCCCACAUAAUAAGGUGUGAGGACAGUUGAGCAAUUUUUUUUGAAAGAAAGAGUUCAACGCAAUAAAGUAAAGUUUAUUUACAAGAGCUAAAAAUAACAACAGCCAGUUGAGCAAUUAGUAUAAGGGAAAAAAAAGAACUACAUGAUAUAUAUUAUAUAUAUGGUAAAAUUCUGCUUCAGGGAUGCUAGAAAUAAUUUAGUACAAAGGAAAAGAGAUACAAAUAAAGAAAUAGAAAUAGACAUUCUGUCUUUGUUGUAAAACAGAAAGAAAUUUGUAUCUCUAUUUACAAAUACCACUGUUUAUUACUUUUGUGUCGGUAACAGAAUCUAAACUCUGCCUACGAAAUCAUACAA